AUGGACCAGAUGUCAGAUUCAGCCCAGGAUACGCAAACACCCAACACUCCAGAGUUAUUGAGUGACGAGCUUAAAUAUCAUUACAUUAGUUCACCGCCAUCAUCAAUCUCCACAAACACGCAUGAUAUCUCGCGCGCAAGGUAUCACAUGAAAGAGCUCGAGACUUUUGCAGUGAGGGUCGAAGAGGCUGCUGCGAGGGCUUUCCCCAAUCGUGGCCGGUCACGUUAUGCCGAAGUUUUAGUUGUCUUGAUAAAGUGGGAGGAGAGUGAUAUCGAUGCUCAACCAGAGUUCAAUGCUUUGCGUUCUAUGUUCGAGAUAUGUUAUGGCUUCACUACCGAUACUUGGACGAUCCCGUCGACACAUUCACAUAACAAACUUAUGUUGCAGGCAGUAAAUUAUAUAGAAAAGCAUGGGACGGAUGACAAUCUUAUCAUCAUUUACUAUGGAGGUCAUGCGGUCAUUAACAAUUCUCGACAAACUACCUGGUCUUGUACUCAAGACAUUUCCCAUGCUUCUGUGCGCUGGUCCGCCAUUCAAAGUGUUUUCGAAGAGUCAAAGUCGGAUGUGCUUUACCUGUUGGAUUGUUGUUCUGCUCCAGGUGCAGCGCCGUCAGAUGGACCCGGUGUCAUCGAAACGAUUGCUGCCAGUGAUUUUGAAACAUGGGCGCCAGGUCCAGGUCGCCAUUCAUUCACUAAUGCCCUUCUUCACGUCUUGGAUGACUGGAUGCACCGGCCUUCGUUUUCGGCGGCUAUGCUUCAUAGUGAGAUUCUUUCUGUCCUUAAACACGAAAAGCUCAAGGAAAGUCAACAUGGCGAUCCACACAAACAAGAAAAUAAGAAGACCCCCAUUUACAUACUCGCUUCCGAGGAUCCCAAAUCCCUAAGCAUUGAGAUAUGCAGACGCACAACGCCAGGCAAUAGCUGGGCUGGUACCUUGUCUCCAGGAAUUGCGGAAGACAUUUACUCUCCAGAGAAUUUGCAUGGACUGACACCGGAGGGAAAGUUAGCCGUACCACACGUGCUCAUAUCCAUUGCAUUAGAAGAAAACCAACUAGUAGAUGUGGAGGCUUGGCACAAAUGGAUUAAGCAAUUUCCAGCGUUGGCACAAUUUGCCCUUGUGGAAGGAGUAUUUGCGAGCCAUUCCACCAUCAUCCUUCUUUCUCUGCCAGUGUUAAUCUGGGAUAUGCUCCCAGAAAAUUUAGCAGUAUCUUUCGUGGCAUUUGUAGAAUCUAGAAACCUUCUAUCCCAAAUAUCUGAAAAGUUGGGCGUGGAAGUUUCGAAACAGCAACAACCGAAGGAAUUCCGAGGUAGACCUGAUUCCGAUACGCUUCAGAUCCCACCCCCACUCCCUCUCAUUCAACAAAUUGAACAAGCUCUCCACAAACAAAAACAACAAACAAUGAAAGAUUGGGAAACCCAUUUUCAAAAGGAGAAGGUUCGUCUUGAAGCAAAAGUUCAAGAUGCGCGUGAUGACGCUCAGAAGAAAGAACUUGAGUUUUUGCAAGAGAGAAAUACAUAUAGAGAGCUUAUGGAAAGGGAUAUGAAGGAAGUCAAGAAGGAAAGUCAGGUUAUAAAGGAGGAAGCGAGAAGAGCCUGGGAGGAGCUGGGUCGGUAUGAGCAUGAAGAAAGAGAAAGGACGAGAUUGCUUAGAGAUGGUCAACCAAUCACUAUAGGUGGAAUUCAAGUUAUUCCCAUGGGCGAGACAGAUGAGAAAGAUGAUAGAGGACGUAUUGUUGGGGAUGUAGCUGCUUGGGUGGGAGGCGUCAAAUCCGAGACGUCCCAGACGCCUAGAGGACGAGAGGGUUCGAGAGCAAGAGGGCCUCCAGAUCUACUACAUGAGCGACAAUAUCAAGAGCUCGAGGCUAAUCACAUCACGAGACCGGAAAACUCAACGAAACGCCCCCACGAAACUCAUGCUAACCAUUCUGUUGACCCAAAAUCACCCAUCCACCACGAAAAUGGUGACAACCCUUUUGAUGUUUCCAUACCUCGUCCACCGCCAGGACUAGUCAAGCCAAAAUCCAAUGCGUCUCAUUCAAGAUUCAAAGAUGAGAAGAGCAUUGCUUCAUUCAAAUCCAUCGCUAGCGGAGUACUAUCGCCGCCAGAGAGCGUUGUUGCGAGUGAUGAAAUAGACGAGUCGACCCACGAGGAAUACGAAAGUGCUUUGAGUGGCGGUGAUGAAGAUGGAUUCGGUAGGGGAGAUCGUGGGUCGGUAGAUUUUCUUCAAGAAUUUCUUGACGCAGGAGACGAUGCUCCUUGGAAUCUUCCACGGCAAAGUAUGAUUGAUGGAGAUGUCACAUUACCUCAUGGCAACAGAGAGAAGGAAAACAAGCUGCCCGAGAAAGUUCUUGAUCCGGAUCAAAUCACGCUUGAACCCAAAUCGUACAGAUCUCGGAGUAAACACGAGCCCGUAAAGUCGAAAGAGCCGGAGCCUACGGCUCUGCUUGAUUGGGAGAGACGCGGAAUGCAGCAAAAGUUGGCAGAGCAUGCUCUGCCAAGACCUAACGCCGAAACAACAUUAGAGCCUGCUAGCCCUGAACCUACAAAGGUCAAAGAUGUGGACCCCUUCACUUUACAGGUUUUGGAGAAGGGUAUACCGCAAGAAGUCGUUGAGCGUGUUUUACCAGAACAAGUUACUCCACCUCGUAAAAGUCUUGAUCUCGCUUCCCGGACAGAUGAUGUCGGUCCAUUGACAUUACAAGCACUUAAAACAUAUGAAAAAUUACAAGAGGAGAUGGAAACGCAUCAAGCUACAAGACGUCCAGAACGGCCAGAGCGACCAGUGGAACAUAUUCCUAACAGACUUUCUCACAUAACUGAAAGAGAUGGCGAUUGGGAACCAAAGACUCCUGGGAAAGUAAGCUCGAUAGGAAGUCCACAAUCAAAGCGUAGAGACGAAAAGGUUGGGGACAAAAAGGCACUGGCUGCAGUAGAAGAGGCUAUCAAGAAAUUAAUCAUACCCGAAAUGGAAGAGUUGAAGAAGGAGCCAGAGAUGACAAGAAAGAAUUCGGACGGCUCUGGCCGAGUUCCUUGGGACAGUGAUGAGAAGAGUGUAGGAAGGACUGAAUCAGUUAAACAUGGCAAAGGUAAAAGCAGUACAAAGAAAGCAUUCGAAGCGGUUGAGGAUGCUAUCAAGAAGGAAGCCGAGGCAUUGAAGAAGAAGGAGGAGGAAGAAGAGGAGAUGGAAGCUUUGAGGAAAUUGAGGAAAGGCCAAAAAGAAAAGAAACGCAAGGACGAAGAAAAGGACAAGCCUAAACGAGAUGGAGACGAUAAAGAUGCCGCAAAAGUAUCUUCCGGUCGUGAUAUGGAACCCAAUGCUCCCAUUCUCUUGGAGCAAAAGCAUGAUGGCAAAGAAGUAUUGGUGGAUGGCGAAAGAGCACUUUCGGCAGUCGAUGAUGCAAUCAGAAAACUGAUAGCUCCAGAGCUCGAGGGACUUAAGCGAACGGAGUCUCAUAAAAGUCACAAGAGCCAUAAAAGCGCAAAAGUUCAAAGGCACGAGAAAUCGAAGAUGAAUGAGAGCACAAAUCAAGAGCCACUUCCAAGUCGUGAUGAAUCUCCAGUGAAGGAAAAAUUGGAAAAAGGACAUCACAGACAACACUCAGUUCCAAAAAUUGAUGAUGCUCCGUCGAAAGAGGUAAAGGAAACGAAUGGCAAGGCACAGAAGUCAUCACACGCUGAUCAGCAGAAGGAAGGAGAGAUGAACUCAAAUGCACCUCUUGCAAAGCAAAAGAGUGAUAGAGGCCUUUGGUGGAUGGAAAGAAAGCCUCCCAGCCAUCAACGAGAAGAACUACCCCGGGAACAGUUACCAUCGUCAUCGUACUCGCAGAAGAACAAAGGCAAAGCUCAGGAUGUUCCUUUAGACCCUGUUCCCACUCCACCUCUCGAUUUAUCAUCAGAAGCAGAGGACAAACAUGAGAUGAGAAUCUUACCUCAUGAAAUUGACAAUCAAACUUGGAAAGGUUUUAAGUUUGCCAACCGAGAUGUAACACCCUCAAUGUCUUCUCUACCAACUGCUAUACCUCGAUCGAGCCUCAAUAAUAGUACGCUCCCAUCCAGCCCUAACAACCCAUGGUCCCACUCUGAAGGUUCAUUUGGCACUAUCUUCCCACCUCGUACCUCACUAGACUACUCGCGCGAUCCACGCAUGUCAUUAGACUUUUCACGCGGCGAAUCACCUCACAGUCAGCCCUCAGGCUCCUCAUCCAGUAAUCACAACGUCUACGGCCAAUUCCCACCACUUCCAGAAGAUCGCGAACGUCCUUUAUCUACGCCCACAAUUCCAACUCCCCUUGCUAGAGCCCCUUCACCACCUUACCAGCAUUCUCGCUUCAACGGAAACCACAACCCUAACAAUCCUUACUCUCAAUUCGCGCAAUUUGAACAAUCCCUUUCAACACCCACUCUCCAAAGAAUCAAUACUGGCUCGUCCUACCACUCUCUAGACGACACAGCGCGCAGCAUCCACAACGUCCCGAUGACCACAUCCGCCGCUCGCAGCAUCCACAAUGUCCCCAUCACGAGCCAUCCUCUCAACAGCCAUCCACUCACCAGCCAUCCCAUCCCCUCUCUCGCACCCGUCUUCGGUCCCUCAACCUACAACCAACAUCAGCACCAACACGCGCCCAUCUCCGCCGUCGACCCCACCUCCAACCCCAAACACUCCUUCACCUUCACCACCGCCCCCCACUCCUCUACCCACCAAUCCCCUCCUUUCUACCCCGCCGAACUCCCCGCCUUCCCCCACUCCCUCCCCCUCUCCCGCUCAAAUUCAAAUUCCAACCCGCAACCCCCGCGACAUCUACAAGAGUGGGAGCGAGGUGAGAGAGGUAGACUCUCCACCCAAAUCCCUCAAGCAGCGUAUCUCACUCAACCGUUACCCUCGCCCUCGCCCUCGGAAACGGAAACGCUGUUGAAGAAAUUGAUACUACCCGAGUUGGAGACGAUGGAGAAGGGCGAGAGGGCGAGGAGGGAGGAGGAGGAGAGGAGUAGGAGGGAGUGGGAGAGGGAAUUUGGGAUUCUGUGA